AUGGGAAAGCUUAUUACUAGCCCGACAAGCUUGUACUACUAUGCUUUCAUAGUUGUGCUCCUCGCCAUUUCCACCAACUUCCCUUACACCACCAAUGCCCAGGCUUGCAAACCAGGCAAACCCCUACCCGGAAUCAAACCCCCGCCGGGCCAAUGUGACCCAAAUGGUGUUGACUGCUGCAAAGCCGGGAAAACCUACACAACCUACAAGUGCUCACCCCCGGUUACUAGCCACACCAAAGCAAUACUAACCUUAAACAGCUUUGCUAAAGGUGGGGACGGGGGUGGGGCCUCGGCUUGUGACAAUCGCUACCACUCAGAUAGUACCCCUGUGGUGGCGUUGUCAACAGGAUGGUACAACAAGGGCUCUCGCUAUUCUAGAGUCAUUACCAAGAAACACAAGAAAACACUAGCAGCACUAACUAUUCUAGAGUCAUUACCAAGAAACACAAGAAAAUACUAG